UACAAAAAAAAAAAAGCUAACCCCGACCACCGGCGUGCCAGAAGAGCUCUAUCAAGCGUACUAGCGGUUAUUUCCUGUAUUGAAAACAAAAAUAAAGACAAGUUGAGUGACUCAAAGCAGCCGAAGUUUCGGUUUUAAGAAAAGGAAAGCUUGAAACGUCUCUGUUUUUUACUGCGCGACCUGGAUGUUGUGGUUGAUUAUAUAGUUGUUGUGAAUGAUUGAAGCCCAGCAGCCAACUGCAUUAGAAUUGUUAUAUUUCUAACACGAUCAUCAGUUACAAACGGUCUUUAGUGACAUAAUGAGUGUUGUGAAGUCCAGUCUGUCAGUAGAACAGGAGAAGAAGCUGCUGUCUCUGUUCGGCCAUGUCAGACUCCACCUGCUCUACAAAGCCAGCGUCCACAGCUACAUGCAUUCAGCCUUCCACAACCGCUGUGAUGGCCAGGGACCCACCGUACUUGUGGCCUACAACAAGGCUGGGUUUGUUUUCGGAGGUUACAUCAGUAAGAACUACGCCCAGACUGGACAGGUGAUCAACGAUGAUAAGGCCUUUCUCUACAGCAUCACUGACCAGAGAGAAAAGCCACUGCGUGUGUCCAGUACCGAUGGCCAGUAUGGUUUCACCGAUGGAAAGAAUGGUCUUAAUGUUGGUGUCUUGUGGUUUCUUAAUAAUAACACCUCUACAGUUCAAAUUGUUGCAGGGAACAGCUACACCUUUGAAGGAGAAGAGAUGCAUGGCAAUGACCUGCAGCUGACAGAGUGUGAGGUGUACAGAGUGGAAGACUGUGGAGGCAUUCUGAAGACUCCAUGGAGGGGAAUUGACUGGGAAGGAUAUAGCAGCACCAAGAAACGCCUGAUGGACUAUAUCAAGAACUAUAAGCCUGAGGUAAAGUCUGUGUUCCAGGCCAGAGUUCUGCUGGUGGGUCCGGUCGGGGCCGGCAAGUCCAGCUUCUUCAACUCCAUCAACUCUGUCUUCAAAGGACAUGUUACCGGGCAGGCUAACACCGGCAGCGCAGGCACCAGCCUCACCACACAGUUCCGUACCUACAGCAUCAAGGCAGGGCAGGGUGGGAAGGCUCUCCCUCUGGUCCUGUGUGACACCAUGGGUCUGGAGGAAGGACCCAGCGCAGGGCUGGAUAUAGACGACGUCAACAGUAUCCUGAAGGGCCACGUACAGGACCGGUACCAGUUCAACCCGUCCAUGUCUGUCCAGACGGAUGCUGUUGGGUUCUGUAAGUCACCCAGCCUGCAGGACACGAUCCACUGUGUGGUCUACGUACUGGAUGCCUGCAAGGUCACUCUGCUCUCUGCCAAGAUGGUGGACAAGCUCGCCGCCAUCCGCAAGGGGAUCAACAAGCAGGGUGUUCCCCAGCUGGUCCUGCUCACCAAGGUGGAUGAGGCCUGUCCUCUAGUGAGAGAAGACCUGACCAACAUCUACCUGAGCCACUACAUAGAGAGGAUGACGCGUGAGGUGAGUGUGUGUCUGGGUGUGUCCCAGUCCUGUGUCCUGCCAGUGAAGAACUACAGUCGUGAGUUUGAGCUGGACGUCCACACAGACAUCCUCCUGCUCACUGCCGUGGUCCAGAUGCUUCGCUACUCUAACAGCUACUUUGAUGACAUCGAUCAGGCUGGGGACCAGAAGUCUGAGUGGCUAGGGUUGUGAUACUGAUCUGAAGUCAGUUUGGGAUUUUACCUUCUAAUAGUUAAGGAUAGGAUUCUGGGGAAUACGCUGAUCCCAGAUGUGUUUCAAAGGCAACUUUUAGUUAUCGCUUUAUAAACCUUUUUAUCUUAAUACUCCGAGUCUAUUCCAUUCGGACUUUGCCCAGUUACAAUUUAAACUGAGUAUAUCAAACACUGGAACAUCUUCCUAAUAUUGAUGUUCUUUAGGUGGUGGACACACGGGAAAUUGUUGAACUUGAAAAACCCAGCAGCGUUUCGGUUCUUGACACAAACCGGUGUGCCUGGCACCUACCCCGUUUAAAGGCACUUCAAUCUUUUGUCUCUCCCAUUCACCCUGUGAAUGGCUCACACACACAAUCCACGUCUCAAUUGUCUCACGGUUUAACAAUCUUAUUUAACCUGUCUCCUCCCCUUCAUCUACACAGAUUGAAGUGGAUUUAAUAAGCAACAUCAUUAAGGGAUCAUAGCUUUCACCUGGAUUCACCUGGUCAGUCUGUCAUGGGAAGAGGUGUUCUUAAUGUUUUGUCCACUCAGUGUAUAUUGUAAUUAGAUACACAUAUUGUAUGUAGUAUUGUAUGGUUGUCUGCAGAGUCUGUACUGCUAUUGGUCAGAUAAGACAUACUGCUCAUUGUACUUUGUUCACUACAGUAUUUUCAUUUAACAAAACUAAAUGCUGAAUAAAUAUCUGUUGCAUAUCUAGGGCCUGACUCACUCAGACUUGCUCUACAGUUGUCCAAACCUUCAUAAAGACAGAGAGAGACAUCCAACAAGAGACAUGUGGACAUUAUGAACCAUGCCUAUGUAAUGUGUCUGUAACCAGUAUAUAAGAGAACAGGACUGCCCUGGGGGAGCUCACUUCAGAACAGUUCUUUAUGCAUCUAAGUUGGACUUUAACCUCCCCAGCUUGCUGUUAAUAAACAAUGAUUCAUUUAA